GAAGCCUGCAGCGGGGAAUCCUGAGCAGGAGAUGGAGCCCCAGCUGGGGCCUAAGGCUGCCGGCCUCGGCCCAGGCCGGCCCGUGCUGCUGCUGUGGGUCUCAGCCCUGAGCUGUUCUCUUUCCUCGCUGGCUUCUCCCUCUCCUUCUCUGGUGCCCCGAAGCAGAACCAGCUAUAAUUUUGGAAGGACUUUCCUCGGUCUUGAUAAAUGCAAUGCCUGCAUCGGGACAUCAAUUUGCAAGAAGUUCUUUAAAGAAGAAAUAAGGUUUGACAGCUGGCUGGCCUCCCCCCUUGGACUGCCUCCUGACUACUUGCCUUCUUACCCUGCAAAUUACUCAGAUGAUUCCAAAACCUGGCGCCCCGUGGAGGUCUCCAGGCUGGUCAGCAAACAGCAAAGUGACAUCUCAGACAGGAGAAUCUGCGCCUCUGCAGCAGCCCCAAAGACCUGCAGCAUCGAGCGCAUCCUGCGGAAAACCAGGAGGUUCCAGAAAUGGCUGCAGGCCAAGCGCCUCACACCGGACCUGGUGCAGGGCCUGCCCAGCCCCUUCCUGCGCUGCCCGUCGCAGCGACUCCUGGACCGUGUGGUCCGGCGCUAUGCUGAGGUGGCCGACGCCGGCAGCAUCUUCAUGGACCACUUCACUGACCGCGACAAGCUGCGUCUGCUCUACACCCUGGCUGUCAAUGCUCAUCCCAUCCUCCUGCAGAUCUUCCCGGGCGCCGAGGGCUGGCCGCUGCCCAAGUACCUGGGCUCCUGCGGCCGACUGGCGGUCAGCACCAGCACCAGCCCGCUGCGGGACUUCUACAGCGCGGCCCCGGACCAGGCGGCCGACCUGGCCUACCAGCUCCUCGGUGUCCUCGAGUCCCUGAGGAGCAAUGAUUUGAACUACUUCUUCUACUUCACCCACGUCGACGCGGGCACGUUUGGCAUCUUUAACAACGGGCAUCUGUUCAUCCGGGAUGCCAGCGCCUUGGGCGUCAUCGACAAGCAGGAAGGCAGCCCGGCAGCCGCCGGGGCAGGAGAGAGUAAAGACAUCUUCAGCUGCCUGCUUUCGGGCUGCCAGGCUGAGCUGCCCUCCUGCUACACCAUCCCGGAGAAGCAGAGCUUGGUGCUCGUGUGUCGGCAGCUGCUACCUCGACUCCUCCUGGGGAAGUUCCCCUCCCCCGUGCAGGAGGAGAUAGACAGGGCACUUGCCCAGUGUGGGGAGGGCGCCCACCCCGACCCCGAAGUGCUCAGGGCCGCCAGCCGGCUGAAGGACAUCUUGAGGCCCCUGAGAACCUGUGACCCCAGAUUCGCCUACCGCUACCCAGACUGCAAGUAUAAUGAUAAGUUCUGAGCGGCUGGAGCCUUGCCGGCCUCCGGGGACAACGUCCCUGGCC